AUGUCGCUGGAAAUUGCAGGCAGAGAACAUAGACUUCCUCCUCAUGUCAUGUCAAUGUUCAACUUCAAGUUCCCCACUUGACCCAUUGGUCACUCUCUCUUUCUCUCUCCUCAGCUAUGA